CAUACUCUUUGUAUUUGUUGCAGUCAGUCCAUCUGCCUGUCAGUAUGCUCUAAAGCAGUUCAGCACCAUGGCUCUGAAUAUCCCUGGUGUGGUUGCAGUAGUGCUGUUCUACAUCCUGAUCCUGGGGACUGGAAUUUGGGCCGCCCGAAAGUCCAGGAGGGCUGAGAGGAAAAGCCAAGGGGACAGGACUGAAGUGGUGCUUCUUGGAGACAGAAAUAUCAGCUUGGUGGUUGGAGUUUUCACCAUGACUGCUACGUGGGUCGGAGGAGGUUUUAUUCUAGGAGUGGCUGAGGCGGUGUACACUCCCAACAUGGGCUUAGUAUGGGCUCUGAUGCCUUUACAAUACUCAAUGUCCUUCAUAAUAGGUGGUCUUUUCUUUGCCAAGCCAAUGAGGGACAAAAGAUAUGUGACCAUGAUGGACCCAUUCCAGAUAAAGUAUGGGAAAUUACUGAGUGGAGUCCUUGUGCUGCCGUGUCUGCUGUCAGAUGUACUGUGGGUGUCCUGCACCCUGCUUGGAUUAGGAGCAACUAUGACUGUGAUUCUGGACCUGCCUUAUGGAUAUUCCGUGUGGAUCUCAUCAGCUGUGGCCAUCGUCUACACUUUAUUAGGAGGCCUUUACUCAGUGGCCUACACUGACGUCAUCCAGCUGUCUCUGGCAUUUCUCAGUUUGUGGUUGUGUGUCCCCUUCCUUAUGGUUAACAACACAUCUGUAAGCAUCACUGAGACUGCUUUCAACCACACGUUCCAAGAGCCUUGGGUCGGUUCUCUGGAGCUGGACAGCGUCUGGAGGUGGAUUGAUGACUUCUUAAUGCUGGGUCUUGGCAGUGUUGCAUUUCAGACUUUCCACCAGAGGACGCUGUCUGCCUCCUCAUCACUAACAGCCCAGUGGACCUGCUAUGCUGCCGCUGUCAUCAUUGCCAUCCUGGGGAUCCCUCCUGUCCUGGUCGGGGCAGUCGCCGCUUCCACUGACUGGAACUUGACACAGUAUGGUUUGCCACCUCCAUAUGUACGUGGUGAGCAUACUUUGGUUCUGCCUCUGACCCUGCAGUACCUCACUCCCUCGUACAUCUCCAUUAUUGGAAUCGGAGCUGUGGCUGCUGCUGUCAUGUCGUCUACAGACUCUGGACUGUUGUCUGCAACGUCUAUUUUCUCUUCAAACAUCUACAAGAACAUCCUGCGCCAAAAGGCUUCAGACUUUGAGAUGCAGUGGGUGAUUCGGGUCGCAGUGGUGGUGGUGGGUCUGGUUGGGACUUCCAUAACGUUCUACACCAAGAGCACUCUGGUCCUCUGGAUUCUCGGAGCAGACGUUUCCUACACUCUCAUAUUCCCACAUCUGGUUUCCGUACUCUUCUUUAAAUUUACAAAUAGUUAUGGAGCCACAGUGGGUUACAUUGUGGGGCUGACUGUGAGGGUUUUGGUGGGAGAAAGAGCCAUAGGGCUUCCUGUUUUUCUUCAGCUUCCUGGUUGUACGUUGGAAGACGGUGUCUAUGUCCAAAAGUCUCCCGUCAGGACAGUGUGCAUGCUCUGCACCUUGGCAACCGUUAGUUUUUCCUGGUUGGCUGAUUUAAUGUUCAAUCACGGUCUGCUGCCUGAGAAAUGGGACAUUUUUAAAGUGAAACGCGGUGUUACUGGUGCUGUAACAUCGGCAGAUGGCGUUGCACUGAAUCACAACGAUGAAGCUGGAAGUGACGGUGAUUGUGACGAGAACGAACAUGGAGUUCCCUUACAGCCAAUUUUGCAAACAGAAAAUUAGCUGCUGUAGUUACCUUUAUUUACCUUUUGUUGAGCACUCUAACUGCAUAUGUAUAUAUAUAUAUAUGUCAGGGUAGAGACUGCGAUUUGGUAGAGUUGGAGUUUCUACCAGUAGAGAUUGCGAUUGGAGUCUCUACCAGUAGAGAUUGCGAUUGAAGUCUCUACCAGUAGAGACUGCGAUCGCAAUCUCUACCAGUAGAAACUCCAAUCCUACCAGUAGAGAUUUGUCAGGGCUAAGGUUAGACUUUUAAGGUUAGGGUCAGGGGUCAGGGCAGGGGUCAGAUUUAAAGUUAAAUCUCUACUGGUAGGAUUGGAAUUUCUACUGGUAGAGAUUACAAUCGCAGUCUCUACUGGUAGAGACUCCAAUCGCAAUCUCUACUGGUAGAGACUCCAAUCGCAGUCUCUACUGGUAGAAACUCCAACUCUACCAAAUCGCAGUCUCUACCCUGACAUAUA